GGUGCCCGGUGCGCGAUGCGGGCGGGCGGGGAGGCGCCGCACCAGGUGCUGGGCCGGCUGCGGUUCCUGCUGCAGUGCAGCGAGUGCUUCCGCCGCGCCCGGGCGCUGCCCGCCGCGCUCUGCUACGUGCCCAAGGAGGUGCAGUACAAGAUCUGCAAAGACCCCGCGGCCGCCGCCGCCGCCGCCGCCCGCAGCCUCCUGAGCGUGUGGGACAGCCCGGGGCCGGCGCGGGGCGGGAAGCGGGCGGCGCGGGCCACCAUCGAGGUGCGGAAGGGCGGCUGCCUCCGCGCCACCGGCGAGGAGUACUGCAACGGCGCCGGGCUCUGGGUCAAGCUCAGCAAGGAGCAGCUGGAGGAGUACCGGAGCGGCUGCGAUCUAGAGGAGGGCUGGGUGCUAGUGUGCAAACACGCCGACGGCGGGGACCGGCUGGUGCCCGUGGAGUCCACGGAGCGGAUCCAGCGGCAGCAGCAGCUCUUCGGGGUUGACUACAAACCCGUCAUCAGAUGGGAGCAGGUGGUGGAUCUGACAUACUCCCUGCGCCUCGGAGCAAAGCCCAGGCCCAUGGAGCAGGAUGAGGCUGCAGUAGAGAAGCUUCGGUUUGUGCCCCCAACGUGGACUUAUGAAUGUGAUGAAGACCUAGUGCAUUUCCUGUAUGACCACAUUGGGAAGGAAGAUGAGAACUUGGGCAGCGUUAAGCAGUACGUGGACAGCAUCGAUGUCUCGUCCUACACGGAGGACUUCAAUGUGUCGUGCCUGACCGACAGCCGUGCUGACACGUACUGGGAGAGUGAUGGGUCCCAGGGCCAGCACUGGGUGCGGCUCAACAUGAAGAAAGGCACCAUUGUCAAGAAGCUGCUGCUGACAGUGGAUUCCAACGAUGAGAACUUCACACCCCAGCGGGUUGCUGUGUAUGGGGGCGAGGGGGACAAUCUGAAGAAACUGAACGACGUCUGCAUUGAGGACAGCUACAUUGGGGAUGUGUGCAUCCUUGAGGACAUGACAACACACCUGCCUGUCAUCGAGAUCCGGAUUGUGGAGUGCCGAGAUGAUGGGAUUGACGUUCGUAUCCGAGGCAUCAAAAUCAAAUCCUCCCGACAGAGGGACUUGGGGCUCAGUGCUGACAUGUUCCAGCUGCCCAAUUUGGUGCGCUACCCUCGCCUAGAAGGGACUGACCCUGACCUGCUGUACCGCCGGGCCGUGCUUAUUCAAAGGUUCAUCAAGCUCCUGGACAGUGUCCUACAUCACUUGGUGCCAGCCUGGGACCACACUGUUGGCACGUUCAGCAAACUCAAGCACAUCAAGCAGUUCCUGCUGCUGUCCAAGAAGCGCACGGCCCUCAUUACCCAGUGCCUGAAGGACUCGGAGACCAGCAAGCCCAAUUUCAUGCCGCGGCUCUACAUUAACCGACGCCUGGCUAUGGAGCACCGAGACAACCCUGCCCUGGACCCCAGCUGCAAGAACGCUGUCUUCACCCAGGUAUAUGAAGGCCUGAAACCCUCAGACAAGUUUGAAAAGCCUCUAGAUUAUAGGUGGCCGUUGCGUUACGACCAGUGGUGGGAGUGCAAGUUCAUCGCAGAGGGCAUCAUCGACCAAGGUGGCGGUUUUCGGGACAGCCUGGCGGACAUGUCGGAGGAGCUGUGCCCCAGCUCAGCAGAGACCCCCGUGCCUUUGCCCUUCUUUGUGCGCACAUCCAACCAGGGUAACGGCACUGGAGAAGCCAGGGACAUGUAUGUCCCCAACCCAUCCUGUAAAGACUUCCCAAAGUAUGAGUGGAUUGGGCAGAUCAUGGGAGCAGCUCUGAGGGGCAAGGAGUUUCUGGUCCUGGCUCUUCCUGGCUUCGUAUGGAAACAGUUAACAGGGGAGGAGGUCAGCUGGAGCAAAGACUUCCCUGCUGUGGACUCUAUGUUGGUGAAGCUCCUGGAGAUGAUGGAAGUCAUGGACAAAGACACCUUUGAGUUCAAAUUUGGGAGCGAGCUGACCUACACAACAGUGCUGAGCGACCAGCAGGUGGUGGAGCUGAUCCCCAACGGCAGCAACACCGUGGUGCGCUACGAGGACCGCAAGGAAUUCAUCCGCCUGGUGCAGAAGGCUCGGCUGGAGGAGAGCAAGGAGCAGAUCAUGGCCAUGCAGGCUGGGCUGCUGAAAGUGGUGCCCCAAGCUGUUCUUGACCUCCUUACAUGGCAGGAACUGGAAAAAAAGGUCUGUGGAGACCCUGAAGUCACAGUUGAUGCCCUGAAGAAGCUCACCCGGUUUGAGGACUUCGAGCCACAGGACACCCGUGUUCAGUACUUCUGGGAAGCACUCAACAGCUUCACCAACGAGGAUCGCAGCCGCUUCCUUAGAUUUGUCACUGGCAGAAGCCGCCUUCCAGCACGGAUCUACAUCUAUCCAGACAAGAUGGGCUCUGAGACGACAGAUGCUUUGCCGGAGUCAUCCACCUGCUCCAGCACUCUCUUCUUGCCCAACUAUCCCACAGCCAAGGUGUGUGAAGAGAAGUUGCGCUAUGCUGCCUAUAACUGUGUGGCCAUUGACACAGACGUGAGUCCGUGGGAAGAGUGAUGUUGCAGCCUGACCAAGCAGCAUGGACAGUCAUUCAAGAAAACCGUGCAGUGGGAAGAGCUCCCUUGUUUUUCCGGGAUGUGUAUAUAUAAUAAACAUAUAGGUGAA